CAAACAUUGAACCAGCCUCACCUUUGAAGACGAACAUACUGCCUUUCUCACCUUGUUACCUCAACUGUUGUAGCGCCAAUAUUGCGCGGCAGUAUACCUCCACAGACUGGCAACAAACGACCAUCACACGCAAAUCCAAAAUGUCCUCCGAAACCUCACAACCACGACCACCACCCUCCUCCGCCCAAUCCCCCUCGGAACCACCGCUCCCUACCCCAAAUUCGAUCACUCACAGCGCGGCCAUUGCAAUGUCAAUCAUCUGCCCCAUCGCCCUACUCCUCCCGACCCGUGGUGGCCGCGCGAAGUCGACGCUGCAGAACGCCGUCCUGGGCGGCGCCGCCUUCUGGGGGUUCAACACGCUCGCGCACAAUUACACGGGCAAGUCCAUCACCGCACGGUCCAGCGAGCGGUGGGCGGCCAUGUUUGGCUUUUCAUCAUCAUCAUCAACGACACCUCAUGACAAGGACAAGAAGAUGGAAAUGGAAAUGGGGAAGAAGGGGGACCUAAGGGUUGGUCUGACGGGUCAUGUGCCUACGGAGCGCGCGGCGAGGAACAGGGAGUUGAUGGAGGCGGAGCGGAAGAGGAGGGCCGAGGCGGAGGGGAGGGAGUACACGCCCAAGAGACAGGCGGGGUGGUUUGAAAGGUGGUGGAUGGGUGAGGAGACGGAGGGGUGGAAGGAGAGGAGGUUGGAGGAGGAGAGGAGGGCGCUCGAGAGCGGGAAGGGUUAUGGCGGGUUGAUUAUGGAUCAGAUUAGGGAGGUUUGGAAUGGGGAGAGGAAGAAGGGGGGUCGAGAUGGAGAUGGGGAGGAUAAGGGGAAGGAGAAGUGAUUACUAUGAUUUUAGCGGUGAGCGUCAGUUGGAGCCUCAGGAGAGUGUGAGAUGGAUAGGCGGAAUUGUCGCGAAUAGGUUGUGUGAUUAAGAGUGUAUCUUGGAUUCUAUCUGCUUGUAGUUCUAUGGUCAGCUGUCAUGAGGGUAGCGGUCGCUAUGCUUGCCCUCUGACUGACUGCUGCAUCUCCUUUCAAGUUCGUCGAUAGGACCUUGACUCUGACUUUGUCCGCCCGGUAUCAAGGUGGCAGGUUUUUUUAUCAGCUAGCGCUUUUU